AUGGCUUUGCUGUGGCUGCUCGUGCUGCUGGGCCUGGCCGGGCCCGCGGCUGGCACCUGGGACACCUGCAGGGGCACCUGCGGGCUCUGGCCCUCGGCUUCCGACCACAGCUCUGCCGCUGGCACCUCUCGUGUUGUGGGUGGCACCGGGGUCCCUUCGGGGGCCUGGCCCGGCAUCGUCAGCAUCCAGGCCACCUGGAAGAACGGCACGUGGCACAUGUGUGCAGGUGUCCUCCUCAGCUCCCAGUGGGUCCUCACGGUCGCACACUGCUUCGCCAGGGCCGGGCACCUCCUCAAGGACUUCUCCAAGUGGGAGGUGGUGAUGGGAGCCUCGGAUCUGAGCCAGCCGGGCCCCGAGGCUGCCGUGAGACACAUCCAGAGGCUGCUGGUGCACCAGCACUACGUGCCUGCCACGGCGAGGAACGACAUCGCCCUGGUGGAGCUGGAGCGGCCCGUGGAGUGCAGCGACUACAUCCAGCUGGGCUGUGUGCCCGACGCCUCGCUCCGGGUCUCAGAGCUGAAAUCCUGCUACAUCGCCGGCUGGAACUUUGCCCGAGGCAUGAUUCUGCGGGAGGCCAAGGUCCACCUCAUGGACACGGAGCUCUGCAACAGCAGCCGGUGGUACGCGGGGGCCGUUCAUGCUGACAACCUCUGUGCUGGGUACCCACACGGUGGCAUCGACACCUGCCAGGGGGACAGCGGGAGCCCCCUCGUCUGCAAGGACAACAGAGCUGACUACUACUGGCUGGUGGGAUUGAACAGCUGGGGAAGAGGCUGUGACAGAGCCAGGCACCCUGGGAUCUAUACCUCCACUCAGCACUUCUACAACUGGAUCCUGAUCCAGACCGCCCUGAGCCCGGCAGACGUCACCGGCCAAGCACCGGAGCCCAACUGCGCCCCGAGUCCUAAGCCAGAGGCCACCGUGACUUCUGCAGGGACCCCGACACGGGAACCAGAGCCAGAGCCCGUAACAGAGGCAACGCCAGCGCCAGAGCCGACUCCAGAGCCAACGCCAUCGCCAGAGCCGACUCCAGAGCCAACGCCAUCGCCAGAGCCGACUCCAGAGCCGGCUCCAGAGCCGAUUCCAGUGCCAGACACAACGCCAGACCCGGUGCCAGAGGCGACAGGAGAGCCAACGCCUGAACCCACGACAGAGCCGACGACAGUGCCAGAGCCGACGACAGUGUCUGUGCCAGAGCCAACGACAGUGCCCGUGCCAGAGCCGACGCUGAUGUCAGGGCCCACUCCAGCGCCGGAGCUGGAGCCGGAGCCAGACGUCCCCCAUGCGCCCGAGGAGGAGCCGGUGCCAGCACCAGAACCGACCCCGGAGCGAUUUCUGCUCAUCUCGGUGCCGUACCAGAGCCUGGUGAAGUUCUGCAACCUGCUCAGGGACUUCCUGCACUUUCUGAAGGAGCAGCUGGGCUGA